AUGUCGGUCAAAUUCGAGCGGGACACGAUCCAGACGCUCCAAGAUGCGACCUCGAACGCUCUUCAGCCUUUUCAAAGCGUCACCGCCGACAAUGGCCCCAUAGUCCAGAGGUCCAUCAAGACGGUCACCGAGAAGACGGUCGACACGGCCGCCCAGCAGGCUGCUGAGCGCGCCGCCGCUCUCGCCGAGGGUCCCGGACCUAUUCGAAGGGCUUUCGAGGGCGCCGCUCCUCUUCCCGGUACCAGUGGAAAGCAUCCCCUCGCCGAGACCAUCGGCACGGCAUUGACAGGAGGAAAGGCCAUGGCCGGUACCAAGGGUUAUCUGGCGGCCUACAUCAAGGAGCUCGAGUCGAACCCUCUGCGCACCAAGAUGCUCACUGCCGGUACCCUCGCUGGAGCUCAGGAAUUCCUCGCCUCGUGGCUGGCCAAGGACCGCAACAAGCAUGGCAACUACUUCACCUCGCGCGUGCCCAAGAUGGCCGCGUACGGUGCCUUGGUCAGCGCUCCCCUGGGCCACUUUCUCAUCUGGCUCCUCCAGAAGCUCUUCAAGGGUCGCGUUAGUCUCCGGGCCAAGAUCAUCCAGAUCGUGGUCAGCAACCUGGUGAUUGCGCCUAUCCAGAACAGCAUCUACCUGGUCGCCAUGGCUCUCAUUGCCGGCGCUCGUACAUUCCACCAGGUUCGCGCCACCGUCAAGGUUGGCUUCUGGAGAGUCAUGCGCAUCUCGUGGCUCACCUCCCCCAUCUGCCUGGCCUUUGCCCAGCAGUUCCUCCCUGACGAGCUCUGGGUUCCCUUCUUCAACUUGGUCUCCUUUGUCAUUGGCACUUACAUCAACACCCUCACCAAGAAGAAGCGUCUCGCCGCCCUGCGCAAGAAGCACUACGGUGACAGCCGCGAGACCCGCCCUCCUUACGGCGACAGCCGUGACAGCCGUCCUCCUUAUGGCGAUAGCCGUGACAACCGCCCACCCUACGGUGACAGCCGUGAUAACCGACCUCCCCAGAUGGGUCGCCCCGGUCCCGAGGAUUAUCCCCCUCCUCCUACCAACAUUGGCGGACACAACCCCCAAUACUAA